AUGGAUGUUGACCCCAUCUCCGUCUACUACGAUUCUGACCUAGAGGAAAGGGAAGCGAGAAGAAGAAAGAAGGAAAAGAGCCAGAAGGGAGGCGAUGAACCAGAGAAAACGCCGACAGUGGAGCCCAUUCCUCAAGAAACGGCGAGAGAAGAGAUAGGUCUAAAUGAGACGGCCAGAAAGCAGGGCCUAAUGACUGAUGAAGAAUUUCAGGCUCUUUUGGAUGAGGUAAAUUGGACGGAAGAUGGUACCGCCACGAUGGCUGAGGGUCUAGACCUCUCAUCAAGGGCAGUAGAAGAGGGUGAGAAGGACGAUGGAGAGAACAACUCAGAAGGCCUAGCCGAACGGCCAGUAGACAAAGUGGUGGGAGGCCAGACUAGAGAAGAAGGGACAGAGUCAACAACUCCCCAGACGGAGGCCGGGAAGAGUAAUGUGCAUAUCGAGGAGGAGGAAACAGUAGCAAGAACAGAGGUACCCGGACCAGUGGUACCGCCAGUGAUAAAACCAAAAGCUGUCAAGAGGAAGUUGGUGUUGAAGGGCGACCCUAGGACUAAACAGCCGAAGCCGAAGAGGGUAUCGCAAAGAUGCUUAGGGAAGUGGGCAUCCAGUAAAGCAAAGGUAAACACGGUGGCAGAUCCGGUGGAGAUUUUAAGCGAAGAGGAAGGGACCACUCCCACAAAACCUGGGGAGGGAUCCUUACCCACUACUAAUUUGGAGGAUACUACGGUGGCAACCGAAGCGGUCUCCCAAACGCCGAGUGACCAGGGCGAAGAGACGAUGCAGAUGGCUGAGGUGCCGGACCUCGCAUCUGCACCAGCUGGUCACGUCGAGCCGAGAACUGGAGGUACUCGUAUCAGUACUGAGACCCGACCCUCUGCCCCAGACCAGCCUUCAACACACGCUGAGAAGGAAUCGGAAUACGAGCGAGAUAGUGAUGAGGACAGAUACCGUGUAGAGAGAAAAUGGAAGGGGAAGGCCCCUAUGAAAAAGAAGCCCAGCAACAAGAAGCCGCGUAUAGUGAACAUUGGCAUAGUCAUUACUGAGUCAGUUCAACGAGCCCAGGAACACCAGAGGGAACAGAGUGAUAGCGAAUAUGCUGUCAGUGAAGAGUCAGAAUCGGACAGCGACAUUUCCUUGGAAGAUGAGGAGUACAGAAUUAGCGGAAGAAAGUUAGUACGAGGAAACGGACUAAGUGGCCAUGGAGGCCAGGACAAUGAACCCAGGGUGCCGGGGACAGAGGUAGCAGAACGAGAGGAAGAAGGUAACAGGGAACAAGCGAAAUCUGAGGAAGAACCAUCCGGGAACGAGGAAGAGGAUCUGGCAGAACCACCUGCACCAAUCCCUGCUCCGCGGAGGAGUAGCAGGAACAUGUGA